AUGAAGAAGGGUGAAAAUGGCUCUCGGGAAAAUAUCGCGAUGCUGCCUUGGAAAUUCAACGUGGAGUUCGAUGAUAAUAACGUUCUGAGUUGUAAAUUGUACAGCCAGCUGUCGUUCCGUUGUGUGGUUUCGUUCAGCGGGCAAGUAUUGUCGCCAUUAGAGCACACGAGGCGUUCACGUUCGAAGAAGGAGAAAUCAACGGCUUCGACGGGGGAAGAAGAUUCCUGCGUGGCCAAGUCCUAUUCCGACCAAUCCGUCUUCCUCGAAAAUAGCAUCGACGAUGGUAUUGCCGCGAUAAACCAGCGCGGCAACAAGGCGUCGGGAUCGAGGUGCUGGGACUCGUCAUGGGAUUCAUUGCGCGGUAGCGAGAGAAGGAGGGGGAAGAACUCGAGCGACGACCGAAGGGCGGCGCCACCUGUUCCUCGCGACUCGUCGUGGAAAAAGGACAGGCGGAAGGAGGAGAGAACGUUGGAAGAGUUGUUGUUGUUGACGGAGGACACGAUGGGCGAGGUGAAACGCGUCGAUCCAAGCGCGAGCAGCUUGUACACGAUUUACAAACGGUCGUCGCGGGAUAAUUCGAGGAACGAGAUGUUGACCGAGGUCGACAAGAUCCAAUUGGCGGCGACAAAUUCGGAGAACGGUGGGAGAUUCGUGGUCGGGACGGAUCUGUGGAAGCGCGCGUUGCUCGCCAAUCGAUCGUCGGAUCAUUUCUGCCCCGGCAGGAGCUCGGUGGCGGCGGUAGUUGGCGGCCAACAACAGGCCGCCCACAACGACGUGCCCAAUUACACGCGUUACACGAACGAGAAGUACACGUUUCUUAGGAAGGGGAACGGCUCGAAGGCGUACAAACGGACGGUGCGGCUACGUAGCACCGCCAACUUGCUCGACUUCAACAAUCGUUGGAUAAAGGGCUCGUAAUCGACGCGGUGGAGCAAGAGUUUUUCUUGCGUUUAGAGUUCGAAGCUGGACGCGCGAGGGUGCAAAUUUUUAAGUGCGAUAAAAGAGGAUAAAUGAACAGUGUGAUUUUGUA